CGACGUCAUAUUUAUGCGUCGGUGUUUUGUUGAAGUCGCCGUACAGCAGCGUUCGUGUGUGUAUGUGUGUGUGUGGUAACACAACACACAACCAGGUGAAGAUUACACUUCCAUGUAGCAGAUUUAAAUUCAGCUCAAAAAAGUGGCUGCUGACAGAGGUGGAGGACAACAGCUUAAUUUAGCAUCAUGUUGGUGUUUCCCAAUUCAUUAACGGAAGAAGAGGAGGCCCUGCAAAAGAAAUUUGCAAAACUAAAGAAAAAGAAAAAGGCACUACAUGCCCUGAAGAAGCAGAGUUCCACCAACCAGACAAACCAGAGUGGAUUGAAACGGACAUUGACGGACCAGCCUGUCGUUGACACAGCAACAGCAACCGAGCAAGCAAAGAUGCUGGUUAAGUCAGGUGCCAUCAGCGCCAUCAAGUCAGAGAACAAAAACUCGGGCUUUAAACGCUCUCGAAUGCUGGAGAUAAAACUCAAGGACCCUGAAAAAGGACCAAUUCCUGCUUUCCUCCCCUUCCAAAGGAGUGUUUCUACAGAUGAAGAACAGCCGGAGUCUGGAAAGAGAGCCCACAGGAAAUCUCUGUACGAGAGCUUUGUCAGCUCAAGUGACCGAUACCGGGACGAGGACGAUGCAGGCGCCACGCCGUCCAGCCGUGAGACGGACAGAGACAGAGACAGAGAGCGUGACCGAGAGCGAGAGCGAGAGCCGGACAGGGAGCGUGACCAAGAGCCGGACAGGGAGCGGGAGAGAGACAGAGAAAUGGACAGGGAUAGAGAAAGAGACCGAGAGCGAGACCGAAGCAGGGACAGGGAUCGAGAGCGAGAGCGAGACAGGGAGCGAGAGCGAGACCGAGAUGGACCGUUUAGACGGUCAGACUCGUACCCAGAGCGGCGAGGAGUGAGAAAGGGCAACACUGUGUAUGUUUACGGCUCUGGACUGGUUGAGGACAACCUGCGCUCUGCCUUCAGUCAACAUGGAAAUAUAAUCGACCUCUCCAUGGAUAACCCACGCAAUUGUGCAUUUAUCACUUUUGAGAAGAUGGAGUCUGCAGACCAGGCUGUGGCAGAGUUGAACGGAGCCACAGUGGGAGACGUUCACAUUAAAGUCAGCAUUGCCAGGAAGCAGCCCAUGCUUGAUGCUGCCACUGGAAAGUCUGUGUGGGCUUCACUCGCUGUGCAGAACAGCACUAAAGGCUCCUACAGGGACAAGAGGAACCAAGUGGUCUACAGUGAGGAUUUCCUUGGAUGACUCUCGUUUUGUUUUUUUCCUUCUCUUUUUUUUGUGGGCACAGAGAGUUUUUUCGUGUUUGUUUUAAUAAACUCAGAUGCUGCAAGUGAAUGCAUCAAA